CCCCCACCCAUUCACUUGGGCAACCGUUGCGGGGCGCCCGGGCCCUGAUGUGGGAUGGUAGGCCGCUGACAUCCCCCCCGCCCCGCUUUGGGCCCUGAGGUACCCCGGCCUGGUGGCCCCAGGCCGUUCCCGUCGGAUGGCGGAGUGCUGUGAACGACGCCCAUGAAGCCGGUGGUCCUAGUUGUGCUGUGGCUAUGGCCUUCGUCCCUGCUGGCGUAUCCGACCAUAACUGUGUUGCCUGAUGAAGAGCAGAAUUUGAAUCAUUAUGUACAAGUUUUACAGAACCUGAUAAUGAGUGUUCCCACCAGGGAGCAGGGCUCUGGGGAAACGUCCUCAAGUUUUACGGAUGUUCCAGAGGUGAAGUUUUCUCGGUAUGAGCUGAUACACACCCCUGAGGAAGUUACCCCUGAGAACGACAUUCUGAUCAGGCCCUUCAACGAGGAAAAGACAACUUUCCCUACAAGCGCCUUCACGCUGGGGAUGCAGAGGAGAAAAAAAACGGAAACUACAGCGUUCUGGUCCAUCCGGCCAAAUAACGUUUCUGUUGUUUUACACGAGGAGGAACCUUAUAUUGAAAAAGAAGAGCCGGAGCCGGAGCCGGAAUUCGAGGAGCCCCACUCCAGGCCAUUGUGGCCUCCUGAGCAUGAGUCAGAGGAGGAGCACGAUCUGGACCACGAGCAUGAGCCGGACCACGAGCAUGAACCGGACCACGAGCAUGAGCUGGACCACGAGCAUGAGCUGGACCACGAGCAUGAGCCGGACCACGAGCAUGAGCCGGACCACGAGCAUAAGCCAGAGGACACACGUCAUCAUCAUAGUGUGAUCAUCCGCCCAUGGGUGCCAACCACACAGAUCACCAUAAGAACGAGCACCAGCAGCAGCAUGGAUGUCUCCACGGACUCUGAGGAUGUGCCCCAGCUCUCAGGCCAGCCAGAAACGGAAAACUUGGAAGACCUCUCUGGACACCACUCCGAGAGUGCAAUACACGAGGACAUUUUGAGAAAAAUUUCCAAUAUUAAUGUAGAGAUUCAGCAGGGGCCUCUCGGUGAUGCCAACAACCCCGAGUACAAGGAGUAUAUCAAGGCCUCCAGGGAGCACCUGAAACGGAGCCUGGCCCUGGCUGCAGCCGCCGAGCACAGGUUAGAAGAGAUGUACAGAUCUCACGUCUUCCCAGAGGAGCGGACCAGCGAUUCAGUCGAUGACAUGGAAACAGUUAUCAACAUGCUGUAUAAUUCCAGGUCCAGGUUGCCGGAGUAUUUGAAUAUUAAGCAUGUACCAUCAGAGCUGAGAAAAAAGGUCACCGCCGUGACUAGUGUGUUGAAAAAACUAUUUUGUGCAGAUCAGGUAGAGACGCAACGCCUCAUUAGGAAGCUGUUAAGCAAUAAUAUGAAAAUCCUAAAUAUCCUUAAUGUCCCAUGAUCAAACUCAUUUAAGCAAAGGGCUUGUUCACUGGAAAAUAAGCAUAUUAGUGAUUUUAAAAGUUGCCUAAAAUAUUUUCUAUUAUACUUCCAUGUGCUAACAUCCUUAUGUGUCAUGUCAUAAAAUAUUUUCAUAUGCACUAAAAACCUAACAAUUUUAAAAUAAAAAUUUGCUUCAUGA